AUGAAUGCGAUGCAUAGACGGAAACAAUGCACACCAUAUAGACACGUGAAGCAGCGCCCAGCGCCCCUUGCGUCACUCCGGCCGGCCAGCCGUCUUCGAACCGCGGUGUGCAAUGCUCGCGCCGCCGCUGCCGCCGUUGGCAUCGACCUCGGCACCACCAACAGCGUCGUCGCCGUGCUGCGCGCGGGCGAUGCGGCACCACGCGUGCUGCCCACCGGCGUGCUCGGCGCUGGUGCAGGGGCAUUCACAAUCCCUUCGAUUGCGGCGGUAGACGAGGGCGGCGAGUGGCUGGUCGGCGACGCGGCGCGCGCCCAGGCCAGGUCCAACCCUUUGAACACCUAUUACAGCGCCAAGCGCCUGAUUGGGCGGCGGUACUCCGAGGUGGCCGGUGCACAGCUGGUGUACCGCAUCUGUGAGGGCAGCGACGGCGGCGUGCGGCUGGCGUGCCCCCGGCUGGACGCCGACAUAACGCCACAGCAGGUGUCUGCUGAGGUGCUGCGGCACGCAGUGCUGCUGGCUGCGCGGGAGCUGGACGCUGAGGUGGAGGAGGCGGUUGUGACGACGCCGGCCUACUUCACCAAGGCGCAGCGCGCCGCCACAGUCGAGGCCGCGCGACUGGCUGGGCUGAAGCGCGUUUCGCUGCUGCAGGAGCCGGUGGCUGCGGCGAUGGCGUUUGGCUUUGGCAAGCCGUUUGAGUCCGAGACAAUCCUGGUGUUUGACCUGGGGGGUGGCACCUAUGACGUUUCGGUGCUGGACUCAUUUGAGGGCAUCAUGGAGGUCUUGGCCAGCGCCGGCGACUCCGAGCUGGGCGGUGACGACUAUGACAGAGCGCUGGUCGCCGUGCUGCUGCGCCGCCUUGCCGCUACGUCCGGCCCCGCUGCCGCCGCCGCCGCCGCCGCCGACCCCGUCGCCGCGGGGCGGCUCCUGCGCGCCGCAGAAGCGGCAAAGGUGCGCCUAAGCAGCCGCAAAGAAGCCGAGGUGAAGCUGCCGGGGCUCAUUGGGCAGGUUCCAGGCAGCGGCGGCGGCAGCGGUGGUGGCAGGGCCGGCGGGGACGGCGCUGUUGGCUUGGAAACCAUUGUGACUGAGAGCGAUCUGCUGGAGGCUACCACGGCGCUGCGGCAACGCCUGUGGCCGCCUCUUGCGAGUGCGGCGGAGCAGUGCAAGCUCGCAUUUGCGUCUGACAGUGACGCUUUUGAGCGGCGGCUAGGGCCAGGCAGCAGCAGCACCAGCAGCACCAGCAGCAGCAGCAGCACCAGCAGCAGCAGCAGCAGUGUGGUCGGAGCGGCGGGGACUGCAGCAACGGCGACGGCGGUGGUGGACAAGUCCGAGGUUGACCCGGAGCAGUGCGUCGCCGUGGGCGCUGCCAUCCAGGCCGGCCUGCUCUUGGGCCUCACCAGCGGGGUAGAGAUCAUGGACGGCUCAUACGUGGAGGAGCUGCACCAGCGCGCGUCAGGCUUCCAGGUCUGA